AUGGAUUGUGAGACACCAUGUUCAUUCAGGUUUGCUGAUGAUAAGAUUAUAGAGUCUACACCGGCAAAGCUGGCUGGUAUAUUUUUCAUGCAGAGGAUUGGAAGCAGAAAGGGUCAGAAGCUGUUAAAGUACUAUUGUCCUAGUGAUUUGACUGACAAUGUUUUAUACAGCAAAUACUUCACCGAUAUCAAAUCUACAAAGCAUCAGACGACGGUGACUAAGACAAACAUUUUAGAGAAGAUAAAACAACUUAUGGCAAAAAGGAGAAAAAGUGGGAAAAGAAAGAAAGUUGAUGAAAAGGAUCUAGUUUGCCUGAUAGGUCUUUAUCUUUGCUGUGUAUUGUUUUUUGGCGACAAAAAUGCCAAUGGAGUGAACGCGAAAUAUCUUAGUAUCGUUGAAACUUAUGAUACGGUGCUCAAGGUGUCGUGGCCUGAUUUAAUACACGAGCACUUGUUUGAAGAGAUUCAUACUAAUCUUAGUUGUUUGUCAAAUGUGAAGGCUUGUGUGCAAUACCUACUGUUAUUGUUUGCUGAACACACGCCAGCAGGAUUAAUCCCGAAAGUUGAGAACCACGAGGAAGAUAUCCCAAGGGUUGGGAGAUGGGAUAUAUACCAGAUUUCUGAUUACAUUUGGAAAACAGACAUGACACAGUUUUCGCCAACUCCUAGUUUUGUGGCUGAGUUUUCACAGCUUGAGAAGCAGCUGGGUAUAUCAACCGUGGUACCCAGCAAGGACGACCUGCAAAGUUGGCUGAAAGCGCAAACUAUUGAGAAUAGCCAUCUGAAAGAGCAACUGCAAGAAAAGCAAGCAAUGCUUAAAGCAGUGUAUGCAAUUGCAAGAGAAGGGAUAUCAGAAGGGGACCUUUCAGGAACAGCGGAAUUCAAGGUUCACAAAUUUAGUUGCCAAAUUAUCCAAGCAAUGGGUAUUGAUCCUUACAAAGUGACCCAGGAAGAGUUUAUGCAACAUGAAGAUGAUGUACAUGGAGAUGGAAGUACUGAGCAAGAGAAAGAGAAAGAUGACGCGGAAACUUCCUUCAAUGAAGAAUUUCCAUGUAUGAGCCUUGCAGCUGGAAAUACGCCAACAAUUCUGCAAGCUCAAACUGCUGCAGAGGGGCACAAAAGACCACUCAGGACAUAUAGUUCGAGUAUGAAGAGUGUGACAACUUGCAAGACUCCACCAAAGAAAAAGCCUGUCGCAAAGAAAAAGCCCACUCCUACAAAUAAUGUUGAUGAGGAGCAGAAGAAAGAUGUUGAAGAGACACCUGUUACGGAUGAGGCACAGAAGAAAGCUGCAGAUGGUGGAGUUGUGGAUGGGGCAGGUGAUGAUGUAGCUGCAAAAGUCAAUGAGGAUACACCUGGAACUUUUGAUGACAGUUCUGCUUCAACACAGUUUGAGGACUCCAUGGUGAUAACUGCUACAACACCGCAAACACAGCCUGACAAUGCUCAGACCUACAGUUUGGUCCAACUAGGAGCUAACCCUGAUGAUAUGACGAAUGUUGAAGUGAGUGAAAUGAUAGAUGAGAUCGUCAGCAACAUUAACAAAACUGAACAUGGACCCGCAGUGACGGAGAAUGCAGAACCUACCUCAACUGGUAACCACUCUUCCGUUCUAUGUUUUGUUUGUAAUGGAAGUCUACAACGCAGGAAAACGUUUUUAGCCUUGGAUUAG